AUGGCUCAGCCUCAGAACCUCGCUGCCUCGGGUGUGGUGGUCGGCAUGAAGCAACUCACGGGACAAGUGGGCACUCGCGUCGACGUCGAUGUGAUGCUCACCACUCAACCCGACACCUUCAACCUCUUCAUGCAAGCACUGGGAGCUUUGGAGCAGAAUCCGUCGUUGCUAGGCUACUAUCAGCUCUCAGGUAUUCAUGGAUUUCCCACAAACACGUGGGAUGACGUGAACAAGAAGUUCGGGGACGCCUAUGGCGGCUACUGUGCCCAUGGUGUCCUGAUCUUCCCUACUUGGCACAGGCCUUAUCUCUCACUUGUCGAGCAAUCGGUGUACCUGAAGAUGGUCGAAAUUGCUGGCAAGUAUGAUCAGCCUCACCGCCAGAGGUACCUGGAUGCCGCCAAGGGCUUCCGCCUGCCGUACCUUGACUACUUCCGUCCGCGUGGCGGCAACGUUAGCUUUCCCGGAAUUAGUCGCGGAUCGAAGACGAGCUUCCCGUACGAUUUCCGCCUCCCUGACAUCUUCAACGAGCAGAAGGUGGCUCUCAAGCUACCGCCGCAAGACAACUUGCAGACCGGCAUUGACAACCCUCUCUACACCUACAAAUUUACACCGCAGUCAGGUCAGCUUCCUCAACGGGACCAGAACGCCAUUAAACGUGAUUACUCCACCACCCAGACUGUUAGAUAUCCUGACAGUCUCUCCUCUACUACCCACAACCUCCAGGAGCUGAGCGAUGCGCUCAAUAGCGGACGCGAGGCUCGAAACAUUCUCUGUCUUGACGUGCUUUACUCCAAGCCUUAUGGUAACCUGGAGACUGUCGCGUCUGACAAGCUAGCUGAAGGAGACAUGACGAUCUUCCGAAGCAACCGUGCAAGCGGCAGUCUCGAGGGCUCCAUCCAUGGCAACUAUCACAACCUCAUUGGUGGGCCUGGGCACAUGUCAACCCCUUCUCUGGCUGCUUUUGAUCCGGUCUUCUGGUUCCAUCACUGCCAAGUCGACCGCCUCUGGGCAAUCUGGCAGGCCGUCCACCCUAACGAGUGGUUCCCCAAGCCAGAGGUGGGCCAGCUCGCCGAGAACAAGAAGGACCUCCUCCCGUUCUACAAGACCCGCACGGGAGUCGGCAACGGCACCUUCUUCAACUCUGACGACACAAAGACGACCGAGUUCUUUGGCUACAUCUACGAUGACUUCAAGAACCUGCCCUCUGGAGGAGACUCGAGCGCCCUGCGCGCCCGCCUCGACAAUAAGUACCUGUGGUCCAGCCGCACGCCUACGCACCCCAACAUCACCAGCCCGCCGGCUGAUAUGCGGCCUCUCAACGUGCGCUCGACCUACUUCUUUUCCAAGGCGGGGACCCGGGACGCACCGCGUGCUGCGUUUGCGGCCGCUUCAGACGCAGCCGGCACUGUCCAGGCGACCGUCGGAGAUGCGCUUAGCGCUGUCACUGCGAACAUCAAGGCUGCAGCAGAGCCGAUCAUUCCCCAGGUUCAACAAGCUGUCCUGGGAGGCGGACGAAAUGCACCAGAGACAGCCGCCCCUGCGUCUCAGAAGAUUGACUCGACCUUCGACAGGGAGUGGUAUGUCGACUCUGUCGUCAACCGAUCUGCUGCCAAUGGCCCCUUCACCAUCUUCUUCUUCCUUGCGCCUCAGGGAGCUGUCGUCACCGACCCGGCACACUACGUGCGGUCCCCAUACCUGGCUGGUCUGAACCACAUCUUCGCCGCCCCGCGCGAGUUCUGCGACAACUGCGGCGACCAGGCGGCAGCAGGCCAGCUAGCGAGCGAUACAGCUCCCAUCACUCCGCUGCUGCUCGACUACCUGAACCUCCCCGACAAUGGUCUAGAGAGCCUCCGCCCUGAGCAUGUCAAGCCCUUCUUGGUCAAGAACCUGAGAUGGAGGGUGGUCUACGGCACGAACCGAGGCAAAGAUCCAAGAGAGGUGCCGAACCUCCAGAUUAGCAUCAGCGCGAAAGUAUAUCACGAGGACGGUAGCAAGACGUAUGAGGUGUACCCGGACGUGGUUCAGGAGAUUCUGCAUAAUGCCAGCCCUGUGGCGGAUGCCUAA